AUGCGCAACUAUAAAAGAAAAUCGGAUCGUGGUACUAAAUCUGUUGAGUUGAUACAACGGGCAGCAGAUUUAGUUAUCAAUGAAAAUAAAUCAUUGACGCAGCAUUUUAUCAAGCGCGUUAGACCUUCUAAAGAAUUUCCUAUUCUGUUGGUUUUAGACAACCGUUCUUCGCACUUAUCUGUACCAACACUAGAUUUAGCUAAAGAAAAUGGAGUGGUUAUGCUCUCUUUCCCUCCACACUGUUCUCACAAAUUACAGCCACUUGACGUGUCGGUAUAUGGCCCUUUUAAAAGAUAUCUGUCUUCAGCUCAAGAUGCUUGGAUGCGGAAUAAGGCUGGAAAAACCAUGACCAUAUACGAUAUCCCUGGGAUCGUCCGCACUUCUUUACCUUUAGCUUUGACACCGAGUAACAUAAUGAGUGGAUUCGAAAAAACUGGCAUAUUUCCCUUCAACCAACAUAAAUUUAAUGACGCUGAUUUUGCAUCUAGUUACGUAACGGACCGUCCUAUGGAAACUGUUAGUAAUGAGCCACAGCCUUCGACAUCGUCCACUCCUCCGCCAACAAUAUUGUCUAAUCCACAACCUUCAAGACCGUUAGAUUCGCAGCCAUCAACAUCAUAUGAUGCACAGAUAUCAAUAUCAGUUGAUCCACACGAAUGUUUUUCCCCCGAAAUCGUGCGACCACUACCUAAAGCCGGACCACGAAAUGAGGAAGAAGUUUUCUCGCAGUGUAGUGAUGGGGAUAAGAAAUGGGAAGAGGAAGAAGAGACGGAAUCCAGUGAUGAGAGCAUUUUUGAUUCGAGCAAGUCUUGCAAAAAUAGACUUGCAGUGAGCCGUGAACCUUUAGAACUGCCACAUAAAUUACCCCUAAAAAAUCAGGCGGAUAGCAAUGAAGUGAUGCCUUCCCGUCAAAUAUCGACAGAAAAGGAUAACCCUAACUCGCCGGAUGUGAUACAAGAUUAUGGCAUGUAUCCUGACAUUGCUGACAAUUUAUUGGUAGACGUUGAUACAACACCAUCUGUAUCGUUACUAAGGUCAUCGGCUCCCACUCCAAACUUGUCAAUUCAGGAAAUCCCCACACUUCGUAAUGAAAACGUUGCCAGUUCCCCUUCUAAUGAACUACAGACAUGA